AUUUCCGUCAACGCGUUAAAACACAUAAUACGAGCUAAAAACGUCGGUGAACGGCGGUUUUGGCUGGUGAUGUUCACACUCGCAUUGUUCGGCACCGGAUUCUGCGUGUUGGAAGUCUGGAAAGUCUACGAGUCCAGUUUCACUAAAACCAUUAUAUUGUCCACGUCUUAUUUGUACUCCGACGCGCCGUUUCCGUCUGUGACCAUUUGCGAACCGAGCAGAGUGUACGAUCCCGUUAUCAAAACCUUGUAUGACAACUCUUCCGGACUGCCGGGUUCGUACAAUGAAGCUGUGUUCAAAAUAAUGGCGGCUUUGGCCACGAUCCGUUUACCACUGUUUGAAGAUUUUAUCGAAAUAAAAAAAUUCGAAAAACAUUACGAAGAGCUCAACAAACUCAACAUCAGUGACAUGCUUCUAAAGGCGGUCCGUCCGUGCGACACAAUUUUUGACUCUCCGUGCUGGUGGCGUAAUAGUUUCUACAACUGUUGUGAUCUCUUCGAACUCCAGAAAACCUGCUACGGUUACUGUUACAGUUUCAACUCAGACGUAUCAGAAUACAGUAAACGAAAAACGCAAUUUUACGGGAUGUACGGGGACACAAAUAACUACUGGAUUGACGAUCGGGAAAUGCUCAAGAGGCCUAGGAGAACUGGUGGAAGUGGUCCGUGGUCUGGAUUGUGGUUUUCCAUGCGUGCUCAAAAGAUUCCGUCCUACAUAAAUGCCAAGAGUGGAAUAGUGGUUAUGAUUAGGGAUCCUAGCGCCUUGCCGAUCGAUCGAGGAAUGAUGGUGGCCAAAGGUACUAGUGGCUACAUAAAAGUAUGGGGCGAUAAAGUAAUUCCGACGAAACGUCUCAUACGCGUCAAACCCGAAAAGAGACACUGUCUGUACCCCGACGAAAAGACCUAUUUGGGCCGAGGUUAUUUGACGUCAAACUGUUUGUUCAACUGUUACCAACGGUUUAUGUUUCACGAUUGUAAGUGCGUGCCGAGUUUCUAUUAUUUUCACUACGAAAAAGAUCUUCCUUAUCCCGAUUGCAACGUAGAAGGACUCGUAUGCUUGGCUGAACAUUCAUCAAGUUUCAUUAAUAUCGUGGAUCGUGACAAAAAUUUAUCCACGAAUUUAAGAUGCAAAUGUCCAGGUGAUUGUCGCAGCCAAAAGUAUAAGUCUAACAUUGUCGUAUUAAAUGAAACAUCGAGAGCCGACCAAAUUACCAUUGACGUUUUCUUUCACAGGUCUACGUGUUUUCUGUACGAAACGGAUUUAGUGUUCGACUUUAUGAAUGCUCUAGUCGGCUACGGAGGAGUCUGCGGACUUUUUCUCGGGGCGUCAUUAAUCAGUGGCGUUGAAUUCAUAAAUUUCAUGACGUUUCGUUUGUAUGACUAUUGGUUGAACCGUCGACAUCGWAACAAAAUCGUCCAACGUUUCAUGAAUUGA